CACAUUCUCCCCCCAGCCCCAACCGAAAGAUUUUCCUUUGUCUGUGUCUUGGUUGCAACUCUAAAGUUUUCAAGACUUGGACUCUGGUAUUAUCAUUGGGCUCAGAGUAUCUACACAGAAGUGGUCUGCUUCCUCAUCCAAUGAACUCUGCCUGUGAGUGGAUGUGACACUCCAGUGGAAGGAAGCCAAGAGCCUAUAGUAGCGAUCCUGGGGAAAAUUUAAGCAGCUGUGGCCAUGUAAUUUAAAACCUCUGAAAAGUGUGCUGCAGUCCGUGCACAGAGUUAGUAUAACAUGAGGGCUGGAUGUAGCCCGUUCUCUGGAGGACUUCUUCGCCUGCCGCAGCAAAGAGAAGGCUGAAAGACAAACCUGGGUGCAGCCGGAAAGGUCCAGAUAGAUGAGCUUGUGGCAUCCGUUCCCCAAAUUCAGGGACGCCAUCGCCGUACCUCACCUGGGUCUCCUUGUUCCCGAACUUCAUUCGUUAAAAUCACCCACACUUGGAUUUCAAAGGAAUACUUUCAUUGUUCCAUCUGUCACACCAAGUAAUUAGGGCCAGCUGGAUGUCAGGAUGCGCGUAGUUACCAUCAUAAUCCUGCUCUUCUUUUGCAAAGCUGCUGAGCUCCGCAGGGCAAGCCCCGGGGGUUCAAGAAACCGAGUGAGUCAUGGCCGGGCUGGUGGGAGCCGGAGAGGCUCCAACCCCGUCAAACGCUACGCACCAGGCCUCCCCUGUGAAGUGUACACGUAUCUUCACGAGAAAUACUUAGAUUGUCAAGAAAGAAAACUAGUUUAUGUGCUGUCCGGCUGGCCAGAGGAUUUGCUGCACAUGCUCUUAGCAAGAAACAAAAUCCGCGUAUUGAAGAACAAGAUGUUUUCCAAGUUUAAAAAGCUGAAAACCUUGGAUCUCCAACAGAACGAGAUCUCCAAAAUUGAGAGUGAGGCUUUUUCUGGUUUAAACAAACUUACCACGCUCCUACUGCAGCACAAUAAGAUCACGGUCUUGACCGAGGAAGUGUUCAUUUAUACACCUCUCCUGAGCUACCUGCGUCUUUAUGACAAUCCCUGGCACUGUACUUGUGAGAUGGAGACGCUUAUUUCAAUGUUGCAGAUUCCAAGGAACCGAAAUCUGGGGAACUACGCCAAGUGUGAAAGCCCCUAUGAACUAAAAAAUAAAAAACUGAAGCAGGUAAAAUCUGAACAGUUAUGUAAUGAAGAAGAAAAGGAACAACUGGAUCCGAAACCCCAAGUGUCAGGGAAACCCCCCAUCAUCAAGCCUGAGGUGGACUCGACUGUUUGCCACAAUUACGUGUUUCCCAUACAGACACUGGACUGCCAAAGGAAAGAGCUGAAGAAAGUUCCAAACAAUAUCCCUCCAGAUAUUGUUAAACUUGACUUGUCACACAAUAAAAUCAGCCAACUUCGUCCCAAGGAAUUUGAAGAUGUUCAUGAGCUAAAGAAAUUAAACCUCAGCAGCAAUGGCAUUCAAUUCAUAGAUCCUGCUGCUUUUUUAGGACUCACACAUCUACAAGAGUUAGAUUUAUCAAACAACAGUCUGCAGAACUUUGACUAUGGAGUACUAGAAGACCUGUAUUUUUUGAAACUCUUGUGGCUCAGAGAUAAUCCUUGGAGAUGUGACUACAACAUCCACUACCUCUACUACUGGUUAAAGCACCACUACAACGUGCAAUAUAAUGGCCUGGAAUGCAAGAUGCCUGAAGAAUACAAAGGGUGGUUUGUGGGGAAAUAUGUCCGGAGUUACUAUGAAGAAUGCCCCAAGGACAAAUUACCAGCAUACCCUGAAACAUUUGACCAGGAUUCGGAAGAUGAUGAAUGGGAAAAAAUACAUAAGGAUUACACAGCAAAGAAGCAAAGUGUAAGAAUCACCAUUGUGGGAUAACUUAGUAAUUGUUCUGGUUGCAACUAGUUUUGUCUUUGCUAUACUGGUGUUGGAAAAUCGCAUGUUUACAUGUUGGAUUAACUGUUAUCUAUUUAUGCAGGAUUAUCCAGCUAAAGGAAGAUUCCCUUAAUUAUUGUAACAAUAUAGUAAUCAAGGGAAUACUCUCAUCCUGCUUGCCUGCCUGUUUGCAAAACAGCCACUGGUAAAUUGUGUUGGGUCCUAAUAAUGGCAUUAGAAUUUCAUAAGGUCCUGUAUAAAUGUUUUUACUGCUUUUGAAAAUAAUAAAAAAAACUUCAUUUUUACAUGCCUUUUAAGAGCUGCCUGUAUAUACCUAAAGAUGAUCAUAAUGAAGAAUAUGAGUGCUUAGUAAUAAUAAAAUGUUAUUCUCUCCCCUCUGCCCCUCCCCCAACUUUUUUUUCAGUAAGUCAGCUUAUGCAUUGAAUACAUUUCCAUUUCUGAUUCCUGUGCACUCCAAAAUGAGGUCCCAGUAAACCCAAAUUCUGAACUACUUUUCACUGAUCCUUGCAAAAAACUGUCAAGCUAGACCUGAAGGAGCAUUGUCACAAGCAAUAAGUCAAGAAUCUGAGAAUAUUAGAGGCUGGUCAGAAGAUGGGACUCUGAGAAGCAGGUGUAGAUGGUGUGAAUCAUGAGCUCUGAACAGGUAUAAACAUAGUAAAUGUGGAAACAACAACACUGGGUUUUUUUUAACAGAGUUCAGACUACAAAGCCACCUAUCAGUGGGAAGGGUCUGAGCCCUUCUUGCUAAGCUACUGUGUCAAGGAGCAUAAGACAGAAUGAAAUUAGGAUUCAGGGUCAGGAUUUGGGGUGAAGAAGAAAUAAUAAAGGAAGUGAUAUCAGAAGGAGGAGAUCAUACCCAAAGAAAAGCCCCUUGAUUUGGGUUGCAGGUUAAAAUUAGCUCACCUAGAGAAACAAUCACCAGAAAGAGGGGGGAAGUACCUGAAGACUGAUCUACUAGUUUGUACUUUUGAUGAUACUAUACUAUUUGAAAAAUAAGAUGAAAAGAAAUACAUAUAUAUGAUUAGAAAUCCCGCUUUUUCUUUUUAUGCAGAUUUCCUUUUCCCACUGAGCUGGAGUAUAUUUCCAUGUUUUAACAAAUAGUAUUGAGCAUUUCUUAAGCACUUACUAGAGGCCAGACACUGUACUAAGAGCUUCACAUAAUCUAGUUCUAAUUCUCAACAGUUCCCUCCAAAGUACAUAAUAUUAUCUGCCUUUUCUACAUGAGGAAUCCAAGGCUUAGAGAGUUGGUAACUUGGAUGAAGCCACAGAACUGGCAGGUGGCAGAACCGGGAUUCAGGUCCACCUAAGUCCUUUGUGCUGUGCAAGGCUACAGAGCACUCUGAAAGUUACCUUUAACCAUAGCUGUCUCACAUCAGAAUUUCCAGAAACAGACACUAAAAGAAAAUAGGUAUUUUCUCCUGACAUACCUAUGAGGGCAAGAGAUAGUCUUUGGGUCAAGUCAGUUAAAUCUGUGUUAAUAUUUUUAGGAAACCAAGAGAGUGGGAGGCUGGAAGAAUUGCUGCAGCUGGCAGUUCAGGAAAUAACUCUGGAUCAUAAGAUUCUAAGUGCUCUGCCCAUUUUACCAGUGGUUUGGGUCAGGGUAGAGACUUAGAGAUACUGAUUCUCAAUACAGAUUCUCACAUUAUUCACUAUGAGGUAUUAAAAGCAGCUGUUGAAUCUGAAGGAUUACCAGAGAAAUGUAAUACAUCACUUCUUGUUCAUGAGCACUCCAGGUGGAAUAUUAGGGACACAAGAAUUAAAUAUCCAAGAUUGAUGGUGGAGAAAGCCUAGGUGAGACCUCAGUAGGAGAUGGGGGCACACAAUGGGGGCAUGAAGGUUCUGGAAAGAAUAAAGUUAUUAAAUAUAAUUCAGACAAAGGCCUAAGUUACUCUCUGGUUUAAUUUUUGGAGGCUAGUUGGGAAUUUUAUUGGUUGAUUUUUAUAUUCAGGAUCAUCCCUACUGACCUAUUUGGAAAUAAAACUCUGGAACACAUCACAAUAGAAAUUGACCUGGACCAUCCAAAAGUAAGUCAUUUAGAAUUGCUAAUAUCUCCCAGGGCCAAAAUCGAAAUACAUUUUUGAACCCUUAAAAUUUGCUCUUUUUCUAUAUCAGAGUUUAUACUUUUUCAGGGAAUCAUGGUUGAUCAAUGAUGGAAUGAACAAUUAUAUACUUCCUCUUCUGCCAAUUUCUUACUUAAUCAUUUAAUAAUUUGCCUUUGGACCUUCCUUCUGUUCAGUAGAUAAUGAAAUUCAGAAAAAAAUUUUAAAUAUAUUUUAUGGUAGUCAAACAUAUUACAAUCCUGAGAUCUACCUAUUUUGCAUAUUUGAGCAUAUAUGUUUAAAUAUCACUUGUGUUUUUACCCAAUUAUCCAAGUGUGUUUUUUUUUCAAUUAGUUUUAAGAUUCUCUGAUUUUUUCUGAAGUAAAUAAGGUUUACUACAAGCUUAAGUCUCCUGACUCCUAAACCUGAGUUAGGUCUGACCUAAUUCCGGAUUAUUUGGGAAAGAUAUUUAACAUUGAAUGGUUCAGAUUUUUCACUUACUAACCAUCCCCCUCUGGAGUUUACGCCCUGGAUCAAUUAACGUCUGUUUCUGAGAAACCCGAACAAGUCUCCUGUUCUGGCAAACAGAAGCAAUUCAGUAAUGAGAACCUACUUGUCUAAAUUCUGUGAGAUGGGGCUUGUUUGCCAGGAGAUGGAGUGUUGGUGAGUGGAUGGGGACAUGUAAUAUGUAUCAGUCAACAGUGUAAGAAAACAGUAUCAGUGAGACAAUGAGUAAAAAUAACAUAAUAUUGUGGGAAAACACAAAUUACUUUAUAAUUUCUAUUCAAAAAAGUUUCAAUAUUAUAUCCUAUGAAUUCCAGAAACAUAAAAAUGCAGCUUUAGAAGUAUUUACAAAUCAAGCUUUUGCUGAACUGCUCACAUCUUACCAAUCAUUGUGAGUGGGAAAAAAAAAAAAAAACUGCAGUCAAGUGGGCUUCUUACCUCUAAUCAUCUCUUUUGCUCAGGCCCAACAACACAACUGCUGAACUUAAAAAAAAUCACUGUGUUUUUACUCUUGCCAAAUGUAUGCUAAAGCAUUUCAUCUUAUACUCUGCACAUUUAACUGUCAAAAUAUUUUAACAAGCAUUUCCUAGCCUUGCCCUCAUCUGCCUUUUAAACAUUUUAAGAGACUAGUAUUUUAAAGUAAAGUUUCUUUUAAAAUUUUUGUGCAUAAGGAUUGUAAGUAUAGCUCUUGGGCUACUCAGCCAAACAGCCCCCCCAAAAUCAGCCAUUAUUUAUCUUCAAUAUAACGAAAAGUGAGAAAGACUUCUCAACAGAAAUGUAUGUAACUUUAGAUACAUCAAUAAAUCAACUGACAUAAGCUGGGCUGGGAAACGGAAAAGCUGAAACAUCUCUGAGAUUGUUGUUUUAUCUUUGAUACACUCAAGAAAUGAACAGUGAUUUUAUUAAAUAAUCUAUGGCAACCAGGCUUUCCUAGGGCCUGUAGCAAGAAACUCUGGGAAAUGGUCCCACCUAUCAGGUAGGGGCACCAGCCACAGGACCUCCCAGGCCACACAGCGAGCCAGAGCAGGAACCAGCCCCACCCGUUAGUGGACCAGCACCAAAUGCAGGACCUCCCAAGCCUCACAACUAACCCAGCAGGCUGGCAUCCAUUGAACUAGACAGGGCCUGGCAACCAACCGGACAGGAACCAGCCAUGUCUUCAAGACUGCCUACUACAGUUGGUCCAGCCUCAGAAGAAGGGCCCACACUGGUCUUAGGGGGCAGCCCUAGAGCAUUUAAAUCUAGUGAUCAUAGAAGAGUGUUCUACUGGGCCCCAUGGGACAUCUCCUACAUGAGGCCACUUCUCUAAAAUUAGCAAGUAUAACAAAUUUACCAAACACAUAGAAAUAAAAACAGAGAAUUAGGCAAAAUGAGAUGAAGGAGUAUGCACCAAAUGAAGAAACAAAACUCCAGAAGAAGAAUUAAGUGAAGAAAUUAAAUAAGAUACCCAAAAAAAUAAUGAUCUAAAGGUGCUCUGUGAAUUAGAAGAAUUAUGAACACAGUAGAAAGUUUAACAGAGUUAGAAAAACAAAGAACCAAACAGAGCUGAGGAAUACAAUAACUGAUAUAAAAAAUACUCUACAAGGAAUCUACCAUAGAUAGAUGAUAGGAACUAAUCAAAGAACUGAAAGACAGAAUAGUGGUAAUCACCCAAUCUCAACAAAAAAAAAAUUUCUGGAACUUCAUCAACUGUACUAACAUUCACAUUAUAGGGCGUCCCAGAAGGAGAAAAGAGAAAAGGGCAGAAAACUUAUUUGAAGGCAUCAUAGGUGAAAACUUCCCUAACUGGGAAAGGAAACAGACAUCCAGGUCCAGGAAGCAGAGAGUCCCAUAAGAUCACUCAGUGAGGUCCACACCAAUAUACAUUAUAAUCUAAAUGGCAAACAUUAAAGGGAGAUCUUAAGAGCAGCAAGGGAAAACAACAAAUAAUAUAUAAGGGAAUUCCCAUAAGACCAUCAACUCACUUUUCAGCAUAAAUUCUGUAUGCCAGAAGGGAGUGGCAUGAUAUAUUUAAAAUGGCGAAAGGAAAAUCAAUCUACUCAGCAAGGCUAUCAUUCAUAUUUAAAGAAAAGAUCAGGAGUUACACAAGCAAAAGCCAAAAGAAAUUGGGUUUACAAGAAAUGUUCAAGAAAUUUGACUAAGUGGAAAAGAAAAGACCACAACUGGUCUUUAUGUAAUAUGAAAAUUACAAAAGGAAAAGUCUCAUUGGUAAAUACAUAUAUAAAGUAAAGGUAGUACAUCAACCAUUUCUAAACUUGGAAGGCUAAAAGACAAAAGUAGUAAUAAUCAUCUCUAUUAACAAUAAAUAGUUAAGGAGUUCCUGCUGUGGUGCAAUGCGAUCAGCAGUAUCUUGAGAGUGCUGGGAUGCAGGUUCGAUCUCUGGCUGGGCACAGUGGGUUAAGGAUCCAGCAUUGCUGUAGCUGUGGCUUAGGCUGCAACUCAAAUAUGAUGUGAUCCCUGUCCCAGGAACUCCAUAUGCCUCAGGACGGUUGGAAAAGAGCAAUAAAUAAUUAAGAGACAAAACAAAGAAGUAUAAACUAUGAUUUCAAAAACAAACUUGGGAGUAAAAAUGCAGAGUUGUUUAAAUGUGUUCAAAUUUAAGAAAUUAGCAACUUAGUCAAAUAUAUAUGAAAAUUGCUAUAUAUAUAUACCUCAUGGUAACCACAAAUCAAAAAUCUAUAAUCAAAAAUUAUUUUUAAAAAAUCCAAAUAUAACACCAAAGAUAAUCAUCAAAUCACAAGGAAAGAGAGCAAGAAGCAUCCAACUACAGCAGCUCAGGUUGCUGCAGAGGUGCAGGUUUGAUCCCUGGCCUGGAGCAGUGGUGUAAAGGAUCCAACAUUGUCUCAGUGCAGCAUAGGUCAAAGCUGUGGCUCAGGUUCAAUCUCUGGCCUGGGAAUUUCCGUAUGCUGUGGGUGUGGCCAUAAAAAUAAAUAAAUCAUUUAGUAGCUCUAUAUAUACUGACAUGAAAAGAUUUCCAGGACAUAAAAGAAAACAUUAAACAAUAUGAUCCCUUUCAUGUUAAAAUUGUGUACUUUUAAUCAAUACAUAAAUGUAUUUUAGAAAAACAGAAAAAUUGAUAGCAUCGAGUACCAUUGGGUAAAUGAAUGGAUUUGAGAGAAAAGUAGAUUUUUGCUUCUACUGUCUAUACUUAGAAUUUCUUAAGGAGAAUAUGUUCUUAUGUUUUUAAUCCAUUGUAGUGGAUAAAUUAAUGGUGUAUAAAUACAUAUAUAUUCCAGACAAAUGCUAGACCAAAAAAAAAAAAAAAA